UUGCUCCAGGCUGCUUCCCUGUGGAGGAGCCAACGCACCUCGCCGGCGCCCCUAGCCUCUCGCAGCGGUUGGGGCUGGGAGCACGCUGCAGGCUGAGGACAAGCUGAGCCCCCGAGCAGCCGAGGAGAGAGGAGGUGGCAUCCAGGGUCCAGCCUCCAGACAAGCACCUUCCCGGGGGGCAUAGGAGGAGGAGGAAGGUGACGCUCAGACUGAACAUGCAGCCGCCCUGGGGUCUCGCAUUUCCGCUGCUGCUCCCCUGGGUGGCAGGUGGAUUAGGAAACGCGGCCAGUCCAGGGGAUCACGGGUUAUUGGUAUUGGCACACCAAACUGGGCUCUGUCACUAUGGAACUAAACUGGCCUGCUGCUAUGGCUGGAGAAGAAACAACAAGGGAGUCUGUGAAGCCACCUGCGAACUUGGGUGCAAGUUCGGCGAGUGCGUGGGACCGAACAAAUGCAGGUGCUUUCCAGGAUAUACCGGGAAGAGCUGCAGCCAAGAUGUGAACGAGUGUGGAAUCAAACCCCGGCUAUGCCAGCACAGAUGUGUGAACACACAUGGCAGCUACAAGUGCUUCUGUCUCAGCGGCCACACGCUCAUGCCAGAUGCGACUUGUGCCAACUCUCGGACCUGUGCCAAGACCAAUUGCCAGUAUGGCUGCGAAGACACAGAGGAAGGACCUCGAUGUCUGUGUCCAUCCUCAGGACUUCGCCUGGCCUCAAAUGGAAGGGUGUGCCUAGACAUUGAUGAAUGUGCCUCUGGUAAAGCAGUCUGCCCCUUCAAUCGGAGAUGUGUGAACACAUUUGGAAGCUACUACUGCAAAUGUCACAUUGGGUUUGAACUGAAAUAUAGCAGUGGACGAUAUGACUGUGUGGAUAUAAAUGAAUGUGUUGUGAGUAUCCAUGCAUGCAGCCCCCAUGCCAACUGCCUCAAUACCCAAGGAUCCUUCAAGUGCAAAUGCAAGCAGGGAUACAAAGGCAGUGGAUUCCAGUGUUCUGUUAUCCCUGAAAAUUCUGUAAGGGAAGUCUCCAGAGUGCCUGGGACCAUCAAAGACAGGAUUAAGAAGUUGCUUGCUCACAAAAACAGCAUGAAAAAGAAGAUAAAAAUGAAAAAUGUCACCCCAAGACCCACUGGGACUCGCGCCCCUAAGGCUACCUCAGAGCCCAUCAAUUAUGAAGAGAGUCUUCACAGGGGUGGGAACUCCCCUGGAGACAAGAAAGGGAAUAGAGAAAAACUCAAAGAGGGACUCAAGGAAGAGAAAAGUGAAGAGAAGGCCCUGAAGAAUGACGUGGAGCAGGAGCGAAGCCUCCGAGGAGAUGUGUUUUCUCCUAAGGUGAAUGAAGCAGGUAAUUUGGGUCUGGAUCUGGUCCCAAGAAAAACGCUGAGUUCCAGACUGGAAUACAAAGCAGGUUUAAAUAUCUCUGCUGACUGCAGCUUUGAUAACGGAGUGUGUGACUGGAAACAAGACAGAGAAGAUGAUUUUGACUGGAAUCCUGCUGAUCGAGAUAAUGCUGUUGGCUAUUACAUGACAGUUCCGGCCUUGGCUGGGCACAGGAAGGACAUCGGACGAUUGAAACUUCUCCUCCCAAACCUGCAGCCCCAAAGCAACUUCUGCUUGCUCUUCGAUUACCGGUUGGCAGGAGACAAAGUAGGGAAACUUCGCGUGUUUGUAAAAAACAGUAACAAUGCACUGGCAUGGGAAGAGACCAAGAGUGAGGAUGAAAAGUGGAAGACAGGAAAAAUUCAGUUGCAUCAAGGGAUUGAUGCUACCAAAAGUAUAAUUUUUGAAGCAGAACGUGGCAAAGGCAAAACUGGAGAAAUUGCAGUGGACGGCGUCCUGCUCCUUUCAGGCUCCUGUCCCCCUGGUCUUUAACUGUGCAAGGUUGACCGUUACUGUUGUCUUUUAUAUCAUAAAAUUUGGCUUUUUGUGUCAGUUCUCUGUUUUUUUGAUGUGACAUCAUAAGACUCCCCAUUUUAGACAUACAACCUGAAAAUUGUAACAUAUCAAUAGAAACACUGUAAAGUGUCUUUCUUAUAUCAGAUGUGCUGAUAUUUGCUUUAGAUACAGUGCCACUGUGUCUUCUCUAUCAUUUCUGAUCUUUUCCCCAGUACAUUAUAAAAAUAUAGCAAUGAUACUUCAUCCCUUCCUCUCUACCCAGUAUAUCUUAUUUUUCUAAGAGGCUGUUGAAUUUCUCCAUGCAACAUUUCUUGAACAACAACAACAGAAUUCACAGAGAGAUGUCUAACUGUUUGACUUUUAUGGUGCUUCUUGGAAACUAUGAUACUAAAUUUAAAUUUUGUCUCUGUGGCUCAGCCUGCUGUUUCAUAGCUAAGUGUGUAUAUUUAAAGUCUUUGUAAUAAUAAUAUCUAAAUAACUACCUUGUGUUAUGACUUAGAUUUUCCUAAGCAAGAAAAUUUGCUGUUGAUUAUAUGUUUAUAUGUGUGUAUGAUUACCUGCUUUUCUGGAAAUGAAGUUUUCAUUCUUUUCUGUAUGGAAAUAUUUUCUAUUCUUAUCAUUACUAUUAUGUGAAAGAUGAUCACUUUGUGAGACCUCAUAACUGCAAAGCAAAUUGGCGUAUAUAGUUGAACUCAGUGUCAGACAACUACCAAAAACUAAAUUAACAGGUAAUAGCA